CAGUACUCGCAGCGCGAGCUGGACGCCGUCGAGGUCUUCUUCUCGCGCACGGCCCGGGACAACCGGCUCGGCUGCAUGUUCGUACGCUGCGCGCCCUCCAGCCGCUACACGCUGCUCUUCUCGCACGGCAACGCCGUGGACUUGGGCCAGAUGUGCAGCUUCUACAUCGGCCUCGGCUCGCGCAUCAACUGCAACAUCUUCUCCUAUGACUACUCGGGCUACGGCGUCAGCUCGGGCAAGCCCUCCGAAAAGAACCUCUACGCCGACAUCGACGCCGCGUGGCAGGCGCUGCGCACACGGUAUGGUGUAAGCCCUGAGAACAUUAUCCUGUAUGGGCAGAGCAUCGGGACAGUCCCCACGGUAGACUUGGCCUCGCGGUAUGAAUGUGCAGCUGUCAUUCUCCAUUCCCCUCUGAUGUCCGGCUUGCGGGUGGCCUUUCCUGACACCAGGAAAACAUACUGUUUUGAUGCUUUCCCAAGCAUUGACAAGAUAUCUAAAGUCACCUCUCCUGUGUUGGUCAUUCAUGGUACAGAGGACGAGGUCAUCGAUUUCUCCCAUGGCCUGGCCAUGUACGAGCGCUGCCCGCGAGCCGUGGAGCCCCUCUGGGUCGAAGGGGCAGGUCAUAAUGACAUAGAGCUUUAUGCACAAUACCUCGAAAGGCUAAAACAGUUCAUAUCACAUGAACUUCCUAAUUCCUGA